GGUUUUAAAACAGUAAACAAAAAAGGAUCGAACAUGAUUUUUUCUGAUCCAUUUGUUUUUUCUUUUGCUCUUAUCGACUCUGGAGCGGUACUAUUUUUAUUAAUUUAUUUUGUUAUUACACUUUCAGACUUAGAAUGUGAUUAUUUAAAUGCACAGCAAUGUUGUUCAAAAUUAAAUGUAUGGAUAAUGCCAAAAUUAAUAGCUCAUGUGUUUCUACAGUCACUUUUGCUUUUACAUGGUCACUGGUUAUUAAUGCUUGCAAACAUACCAAUGACGGCAUGGUUGGCUUAUGAAAUUUUAAAAGUACCAAAAGGUAACUUGGGAGUAUAUGACCCAACAGAAAUACACAAUAGGGGACAGCUAAAGAAACACAUGCGAGAUUGCAUGAUUUAUGUAGGCUACUAUAUGCUGUUUUUCUUCAUCUAUUUGUAUUGCAUGAUUGUAAGCCUUUUAAAAGAUAAUCCAAUUAAACAAAAAGACGAUGAAUAUGAAAUUUAAAGUGCAGUUAUUAAUCAAUAAACAAAUAGUAUAUAUAACAUGUAAGUUUGAAUGUGUGCAGUUUCAUA